AUGAAAAUUCAAGUCAGCAGAGUUUUAACCAUUCAACAUGCUACCACUGUGGUCCACAACAAUCACUCAGAAAAUGCAUUAAGAGCAGUGGAUGCAACUUCAAACAGUUCUGUUCAGAAUGCAGGCUAUGUGAGUGCUCUAAGACUUUUUCAAAAAGUAAGUGGUUUGCCAGUGACAGGAAAACUUGACAAAGUAACCAGACAGGCUAUGAACAAACCAAGAUGUGGAGUGCCUGAUCAGCAGUCUAAAUACACUGGUCCAGGGCCACAGGUUCAUGGCAGAUCUUCCUCAAAUGAAAAUGACACAGGCAACCAAACUGAGAAUACCAAGGCUAGUGUGUCUGGACAAUCCACAACACCACCUCCUUCACCUCUUGGAAGACAUGAAAAGACAAUGGCAUCCAAUCAUCUUUAUAGAUUUCGAAGAGCUAGAAAAACAGAACUGGUCACUGGCAGAGUAUCAGGAAUGGCAUAUGCUAAAAAGAAGCUCAAAUGGCGUCUAAUGCAUGAAGGAUAUAGCACCCAGCUUACAGUGGAGGAGCAGAGAGUUACACUUAAACUAGCCUUCAGGCUGUGGAGUGAAGUUGCUCCCAUUGACUUUGAAGAGGACCUGAGGGCUCCUGCUUCAGACAUUGAUAUUAAGCUUGGAUUUGGAACAGGCCGCCAUUUUGGGUGUUCACAAGUGUUUGAUGGUGCUGGACAGGAGUUGGCACAUGCCUGGCAACAUGGAGACAUUCACUUUGAUGAUGAUGAACAUUUCACAACAGCAUUAAUGAGCCAGGGUAUCAGUCUGCUCAAGGUAGCUGUUCAUGAAAUAGGCCAUGUGCUAGGCCUACCUCAUAUCUACCAUACAGAAUCUGUGAUGCAUCCUAACUACUUCCCAGUGGGUAAUACUCUGGAACUGGGCACUGCAGAUAGAAAAGCUAUACAGAAACUAUAUGGUGUGUGUGAAGGCCCAUUUGACACUGUAUUUGACUGGGAAAGGAGGGAAAGAAACCUACAAGGUCAACUGGUGGUCCAGUUUAACACUUUCUUCUUCAGGAAGAGCUGGUACUGGUUAUAUGAAAACAAACACAACAGGACUCGCUAUGGAGACCCUACUGCAAUUUCUUUUGGAUGGCACGGACUGCCAUCAGAUGGCAUUGAUGCAGUGCUGCAAAUUUCUUCAACCUCAGAAGAAGCUACUUACUUCUUUAAAGGCACUCAGUACUGGCGAUAUGACAGUGAAAAUGGAAGGGCUUACACAGAAGAUCCUCAGGGAUACAAAUACCCUCGACGCAUCUCUCAAGGGUUUCCAGGAGUCCUUGGUCCCAUAGAUGCUGCCUUCUUUGACCGGAGAACACAGUAUAUUUAUUUCUUUCAUGAUCAGAUGGUAACAGCAUUUAAUGUCAAUCUCAGUCAAAAGGUGAAUGGAUUUCCCAAGAAAAUUAUAGAUGUCUUUCCACCUGCUGUACCUGGGGACCACCCAGUUGGAAAUCUUGAUGCAGUUUACUACUCUCUGACCCACGAGGCCAUAUUCUUUCUUAAAGGUGUCUAUUUCUGGAAGGUUGUUGGUGCUAACGACAGACUGAGUAAUCCUAAUUUGCUAUAUAACAGUCUUCUGUCAAAAAGAAGGGUUGCAGAGCAGUGGUUUGACAUAUGUGAUGUUCAUGUUAGCAUGCUGGCCAAGGAGUGA